UCAGAACACCCACAGCAAUUAAUUCCCUUUCUAAUUAAUUAAUUGACUGCCGCUGUACAUUUUUAAUUCAGAUCCCAGAUUGAAAAUGAGUGAAACUGAAGAUUCUGUUACUAAGGGGGGCGGAGUAGCCGCGGAAGGUGGCGCAUUAAACUCUCUACGAAAUUUCCGUCUUCAAAAGAAGAAGUUCUCUGGGAGUAAUACCGAUGGUGCAACAGGAAGUAGCUUCGAUGCUUUAUCUCCUCAGCCACUGAACAGCAGCCAAGGCAGCAGUAUGUCAGAUUCGGAGGAAAUCCGUCCAGCUGGAUAUAAACGUGUUUUAUCUGAUAGUCCAGCUUCUGAAGAAACUGGAAACGGGUCAAGUCACAAGCGAAUGAGAAUUUUAAGUGAUUCUGAAUCAGAGAACGGAAGUCCAGAGAAGAAAAUUCAGACUGAGGUGGAUCAACUUGAGAAAAAAUUGAGUUUUCUGAAAAAUGCGUUUCCAAACAGAGAUCCAAUGGAGCUUCAGGAUGUUUUGAAGAAUUGUAAUUGGAAUGUAGAUACUGCCUCUGCUCAGCUCUCCUCUAUAUCUUCAGACAAAAAAUCUCCUGGAAAACAAGCAAAGGGCACUUACAUAAACAGCCGUGUGAAGGCUCACGAGGCCAAUGAAGAGAACUCGGAGAGUGAUGAUGACGAGUUUAGUGGCAGAGCACUAGUUUACGAUUCAGAUGAAGAAGAAGAGGGACCAUCGAACGAAAGAAUGACGCCAGACAAGAGGAAAGUUUUGAAAUUUUUCAACGAAGGAACAGAUUCUGAACUAAUUGGAAUUCAGGGCUGCAACAAGAAAAAGGUUCAAGAGAUACUUCGUCUGAGACCAUUUGAAAACUGGGUUGAUUUGGUGACUAAGAUUCAAACCAACAGACAGCUAAAUACAGAGAUGCUCAACUCAGCUACGGAGCUCCUCAGGAUGAAAUCAACGGUCACAAAGUUGAUGAACAAAUGUCAGAAAAUAACUGAAAAAAUGGAAGGUAUGGUUGAACAAUUGACAACUUGUGCUAAGAGUAGGCUAGAACUUCAAGAGCAACCUAAAAUGAUUAACUCUGACAUGAAAUUGACGAUGUAUCAGAUGAUUGGACUGAAUUGGUUAGUGUUGAUGCAUAAACAGUCCUUAAACGGUAUCCUUGCUGACGAAAUGGGGCUGGGGAAAACCAUUCAGACGAUUGCAUUUUUGGCGCAUUUGAAGGAGAGCGGGGAUGAGGGUCCACACUUAAUUAUUGUACCUUCAAGUACAUUAGAAAAUUGGAGAAAAGAAUUUGCUUUGUGGGCCCCUGAUCUUGUUGUGCAAACCUACUGGGGAUCACAGGAUGAACGACGACAUCUACGCCUUCAGUUGGUGCAGGAUGAGCUGGAGUACGAUAUUAUUUUGACAACAUACAAUAUGGUGAUCUCCUCCCCUGAAGACAGGGUUCUCUUCAAGAAGAUGGAGUUCGUUUAUGUCGUUUUUGACGAAGCUCACAUGCUCAAAAAUAUGGCUAGCCAGCGAUAUGAACAGCUGAUGAAGGUGCGCUGUUGUCGAAAAUUAUUGUUAACUGGAACUCCUCUUCAGAAUAACUUGGUUGAGUUGAUGUCCCUUUUAAUAUUUGUUAUGCCUGGAAUGUUUGCAAAAAGAAAGGAUCAGCUCAAGAAAAUGUUUUCUCUGUUUCCUAAAAAUCAGGACGACAAUGAAAGGUCUAGAUACGAGCAGGACCGUAUAGCACACGCUAAGAGGAUUAUGAAACCUUUCUUCCUACGUCGACUCAAAGCAGAUGUGUUGACAGAUUUACCGGACAAGGUUUCUACCCUGGAGCGUGUUCCAAUGACCCAACGUCAAUCCCAAAUCUACUUCCAGCUGGUAGCAGAUUAUAAAGCCAGGGCCGCCAGGAUUCAAUUGAGGAAGGAGUCAGGAGAGGUUUUUAACACAAACAAGAUUGAGGCAGGAGAAGAGUCUGCCGAGUCUGGGAUUGGUAUGCUCAUGAAUCUCAGGAAAACUGCAAACCAUCCGUUGUUAAUCAGAGACCAGUAUACUGAUAAACAGUUGGAGUUGAUUGCUCGUCUCCUGAAGACCAAGGAUGCUGGACACAAGAAUGCUCUAGAGGAGUAUAUUAUUCAAGAUCUCAAACUUUUAUCCGACUUUGAUAUUCAUAAAACUUGCGAAACAUACAGGUGUAUAGAACAUCUGUCUCUAGGAAAUCAUCUUCUCUGCGAAAGCGGUAAGUUCCAGCUACUAGACGAUCUGCUCCCCCAGAUGCGGGAUGCUGGAGACCGUGUUUUGAUAUUUUCCCAGUUCACAAUGCUGUUGGAUAUACUACAGCGAUAUCUCAAGAUAAGAGGACACAAGUUUCUCAGAUUGGAUGGUCAAACCCCGGUUCAGGAGCGCCAAACCUUGAUUGAUGAGUUUAAUAAUGAUCCAAGCAUAUUCAUCUUUAUUCUCUCAACAAGAGCAGGGGGUCUGGGAAUAAACUUGACUGCUGCCAACACUGUUAUACUUCAUGAUCUUGACUUUAAUCCUUACAAUGAUAAACAGGCAGAGGAUAGAUGUCACCGUGUUGGACAGACCAAAGAAGUUAAAGUAAUCAGGUUCACUUCCGAGGGAACUAUUGAGGAAGGUAUUCACAGUAUAGCUAUGGAUAAACUGAAACUAGAACAGGACGUGACGGGAGAGGAAAAGGGAGACAGCUCUAAGAAGAAGAAAGAUGUGGCCAGGCUUCUCAAGACUGUUCUUGGUGUUGAGUUAAAGGAACAGCAGAUUGGGGAUGUGGGGAAGGUUUAUACUGAGCUCUAGAUAUUAGUGAACAUCAGAACUAAAGAUAUCAGAGGUCUAAGCACCAAAAGAAUUAUACUAUCAAAGCUCUGAAAACUAUAAAAAUAUGAUCGGUGAUACCAAAAAACUUCCAAUAUGAAUAAGAACUCUAAAUUGGUUUAUAAUUAUCAUACCAGAACUCGAAUGAAGUGACAGUAAGCUCAAAUAAACUUUUAUUUUACGCAAUUUAUCUCACAAAUACAUAUUUUUCAGACACCCCUUCCCCCGCUAGGCGAUUCUUCUCUUUUAAAUUCACCUUUUUGUUUUAAAAUUAUCCAUCAGUGUGGAAGACAAAACAAUAUAAAGCUUUCUUGUCAACAAUUUUAUUAAAUCUUUUGGGAAAACAAGAUCGUAUAUGUCGAACCUUAUAUUAUAGUUAAAAUAUACUUAUAUGCUUUUUCGUUGGUAAACAAUAUUUUUCCUAUUGAUCUGUUGCCAAGAAUCAGAUAACUCUACAGUCUGCAUUGACCGAUUGAGCUGGUUAAAUUUUUUGCAAUAUGUAAAAUGUUUUAAGUUAUAAUUGUAAUAUUUUUAAAAAUAUUUCCAAAAAGUGUGAGCUGGAUUUUGUUACAUAUCGACGUAUAAAUAUUGUAAUUAGAA